UCUGAGGGUUAAAAAGAAAGACCCACGCCCCCUUUGACUGCGCAGAGCCCACCUCGCUGAAUUUGAAAAGGCGGCCCUGAAGAGGCGUGGGCGCCCUCCAUAAGACUUCCACCUCAGACCCUGACUUCACACCAUCACCGGCUGGCUCCCUGCGCUCCAGCCCAGGGCUGCAGGAUCGGUCCAGCCAUCUGGGGGCACUUCUGAUUGUCCCCAGCUCCCGGGACUCCGGGUCCUCGCGGGCUAGCCGGGCAAAAUGAAGCUCGUUUUGCUGUUACCAUGGGCUUGCUGCUGCUUGUGCGGGUCGGCGCUGGCCACCGGCUUCCUCUACCCCUUUCCGGCAGCAGCCCUGCAGCAGCACGGUUACCCGGAGCAGGGCGCCGGCUCUCCUGGCAACGGCUACUCGAGUCGACGGCACUGGUGCCAUCACACGGUGACAAGAACAGUGUCCUGCCAGGUGCAGAACGGCUCCGAGACAGUGGUCCAGCGAGUCUACCAGAGCUGCCGGUGGCCUGGGCCCUGUGCCAACCUUGUGAGUUACAGGACUCUCAUCAGACCGACCUACCGGGUUUCCUACCGUACGGUAACCGCACUGGAGUGGAAGUGUUGCCCGGGAUUUACUGGGAGCAACUGUGAUGAGGAAUGUAUGAAUUGUACCCGGCUUAACGACAUGAGUGAGCGCCUGACCACGCUGGAGGCCAAGGUCCUCUUGCUGGAAGCAGCUGAGCAGCCUUCAGGUCCAGACAAUGACCUGCCACCCCCGCAGAGCACCCCACCAGUCUGGAAUGAGGACUUCCUGCCAGAUGCCAUUCCCAUUGCUCAUCCAGGGCCCCGAAGGAGAAGGCCCUCAGGUCCAGCUGGACCUCCAGGACAGAUGGGACCACCAGGGCCUGCCGGGCCCCCAGGUUCCAAAGGUGACCGGGGCCAGACAGGAGAAAAGGGCCCAGUGGGACCUCCAGGUCUCUUGGGGCCACCAGGGCCACGAGGGCUUCCCGGAGAAAUGGGGCGCCCUGGUCCCCCAGGCCCUCCUGGACCAGCAGGCAGUCCCAGCCUCUUGCCAAACAGUCCCCAAGGUGUCCUCUAUUCCCUGCAGCCACCCACAGACAAGGAGAAUGGGGAUACCCAGCUGAACCCUGCUGUGGUCGACACAGUACUAACUGGUGUCCCAGGUCCCCGGGGUCCCCCUGGUCCCCCCGGUCCCCCAGGACCACAUGGUCCUCCAGGACCUCCAGGAGCACCUGGAUCCCAGGGUGAGCCUGCUGUGAGGGGAGGCGAAGAAGACAAAGCCACCACUGCAGAGGGUGAGGGUGUGCAGCAGCUUCGAGAGGCCCUGAAGAUCCUGGCAGAGAGGGUCCUCAUCCUGGAACACAUGAUUGGGGUCCACGAUCCCCUGGCCUCCCCUGAAGGAGGCUCUGGGCAGGAUGCGGCCCUGAGAGCCAAUCUCAAGAUGAAGCGAGGAGGCCCUCAACCUGAUGGCAUCCUGGCUGCCCUGCUGGGCCCCGACCCUGCACACAAGAGUGCAGACCAGGCUGGUGACGGGAAGUAGGAGUCCCU